AUCAAUUUAAUCUAAUACAAUGAGUGUUUUUAUUGAUUAAGAUUGGCUUGCCAAAUAAUUAGAAAAUGUGCAAUAAAUUGACUACUAAAAUUGUAAUUAACCAAGCAACACAGACAUUUCUGAGUUUGUACUAUAAUAAUCAAUUGGAGAAAGUCCAUUUAUAUAAUAAAAUAAACGAGAUCCCAUAGAAUUUUCAUUGUUAAAACUAGAAAAAUUAGAGGAAAAUCAAUAAAUUAAUUAUACACCUAAAAAGUAAUACUCAUCUGCAACAAGAAAAUAAAAUUAUAAAAAAAGCAAAACUUCUACAGGCUUUCCAUAUGAUUAGAAUGAUGACAAUUAGUAUGAUGCAGAAACAUUAAGGAAAAUAAAAUCUUCUUCAGUUCAAAAAAAAUCAGAAUUUACAAAAUAAUUAAAUAACUAUAAAUAGAAUUUUUCAAUAUAAAUCAAUGUGAAAUACUUUGGAACAUAAUAUUAAUAAAUCAUAUCUGUUGAUGAAUCAAUAAAAGCAGCAGAGUUUAUUGUAUUGGCUUUAAAUAAAUUUGCAUAAGAUCCUAAAAGUGACAAAUCUAAAUUCGAAUAUUAAAAUUUUACGUUAGCUUACAAACUAAUUGGUUAGGAUAUAAGCCCUUCAAAGUAUACAUAUAAUAAUGAUGAGAAUUUUGAUAAUGAUAGUAUUAUUUUAGAAGAUGAAUCUUUAGAGAGACCAGAAAUUGAUUUGGAAUCUCAAUUGUUUUAUAAAAUGGUAGAAUUACUGCCUACAACAACUAAUUAUGGAUUAGACUUUUAAACAAUAAAGUAAACAUUUGUUUCACAUCCAGAAUCUAUUAUAUUAUUAAUAGAAGAUCCUCAAUCUUUAAUUUUUUAUCAUAUAAAAGUAGAUAAAAGGGGUAAUUUGGGAGAUUGUUUAAAUGAAUUAAAUAAAAAGGUGAGUAAAAAGUAUUUAAAAAAUGAUUACUAUUUAAGUUUAAAAUUCUCAUGUGUUAAUUACGAUUAUGGAGAGUUAAAUGAACUAUUUCCAAUUAAUUAAUUGCCAAUUCAUUGGUUAGUUAUUCUAUUAAGAGUAAAAGAUCAAAUUCCUGAAUCAUUAGAAGAAGUUUCAAUGGCUAAUAUUUGUAGAACAUUUAAUAAUACAAUUUAUGAAAAUAUGAGUUCCUCUAAUUCAUGUCGUUUCUUAUCUUUGAACUUUAUGUAAUUGGCAACAGUAGAGAAACUGCCUUUAUUAUAUGGAUAUUAAGAAUUCAGUUUAAUAAGAAUAAACAAAGGGUAGUUAGAUGAUGUCGUAUUGGGCAUAGAUUAUUUUGAUCUCUAUUAUACAUAUAAUUUAAAAUAAUCUAAAAAAUUAGGAAUUAAAAAGUUGGUAUCCAAAAUAAUUAAGUCAUUGUUUGUUUAAGAGGUAGAAUAAAAAAAAUACAAAAGAAUUCCAAUAAAUUCAAUUACAGAUUUAAAGCAACAAGACGAAAAAUAUUUUGAAAUAUUCUAUGAAUUAAAGGAUGGAUAUCAAAAAAAAAUUCAAUUCUUUCCUAAAAACGAUGACAAAACAGUUUUUCGAGAAGCUUUCACUAAAUUAGAGUAUUUAGUAUCAAUAUAACAAAUUUAAUGA